AUGUUACUUACGAUAUAUGUAGCUUUAUUUCUGGUUGUGCAUAUUAUUCACAACGAAGCUACAGUCGUCAAUGACGUUUUUGCUGUUCGAACAAAUGAUUAUCCGAAAUCUACGUGUCACAGAAUUUCUAAUAUAAGAAGUAAGGGCCAAUGUCUAGGAACAUGCAUAAUCUCGGUGGAUCGCAAUGUCAUGAUCAGCCACGAUGAAUCUACAAACACCUGUAUGUGUUGCAAUGACAUCACAGGAAGUAACAUAAUUGGUUCAAAUUGGAAAUCUUAUGUCCCACUGCCCUGUGCUGAAGGUUAUGCGACGUUUAAGUUGAUGUCAUACGAAAUAUGUAUGAAGUAUAUCCCAGAGCCAGUCUCGUAUUCAACAGCCCAGGCGAACUGUCAAGCUGAAGGUGCCGAUCUCAUAAAGAUUGAUUCCCAGGAAAAGUACAACAUAUUCAAGGAUUAUCAUGUUCCAAUUGCCAACAAUGAAAUACUCCAAGUCUGGGUUCAAGGGGAAAAGGUUGGAGGUCAGUGGCAGUUUGAUGACGGAACUCAAAUACCUGGCUUCUGCCCCAUCGGUAUGACUAACGAAGCGGACGAAAUACGUCUCCGGGCACGGGGUACUACAUUGUUCGAGUGA